AUGGACCCCACACCAUCCUUCCACCGCCGGUCCUCCUCCUCCUCCUCCGACCGGUUCCUCGGUCCAUACCCCGCCACCGCCGUUUCCUCCUCCUCCCCCGCCGAUGAGCUCAACGAGGCUGAGCUCUUCUGGGCAGCUGAUUCCUCCGAAUCGGAACCCCAGCGCCACGCGCCCUCGCCCAAACACCGCCUCCGCAACUUCGAUUGCCCCCUCGAUUCCGGAAUCCUCGUCGUGCUCACCGAUCCCGAUAACCGCGGCGGUGUGUUCCGCGGCAAGUCGCCCGUUCAAACCUCCUCGCGCAUGAUGAUUCCGUCGCUGCCGAGGCCGCCGGCAUCCGACUACGUCGCUCAGUCCGCGCCUACUAGAAAGUUCCAGCAGUCCGCGCCCGUCAAGAUCCCGAUUCUGAUCGCGGCCGGCGCCUCCAGGCGCCGCAACGCCGACGAUUUCGCGCGCGUGAUUGACGACGAUGAUGACGAGGAGAUGCUGCCGCCGCACGAAAUCGUGGCGAGAGGCUCCGGCGUUUCGCCCAAAACCACUUUUUCGGUGUUGGAAGGAGUUGGGAGAACGCUCAAAGGGAGGGAUCUCUGUCAGGUUAGAAACGCCGUUUUGCGCCAAACCGGUUUUCUCGAUUGA